UCAAAUCAAACAUAACAUCGAUUUUAAUCUAACUUUACUUAUCCCUCUAUCACAUUCCAUCAUUUUUCCAUCAAAUUUUAUCGAAUAUUUUACAUCUAAAGAAUAUUUAUCAAUCAGGUAUCAUCGCCUAUCACCAAAUACACGGAGCUAGAGCCAGCACUCUGUCAGGAGUUAAAAAAAAUUGUGGAGGCCGUCAUAGUUCCAGGAAAAGGAUUACUAGCUUGUGAUGAGUCUCCUGCAUCUUUGCAAAAGCGAUUCGAUGAGCUCGGUGUGGAAAAUACCGAAACUAAUCGGCGCAAUUAUCGACAAAUGUUAUUCUCAGCUGAUAAGGUCAUUAUACUAUAAUUUGCAACUUUUAUUUAUCUGAAAUUAUUAUAGACGAUAUACCGCGAAUUAUAGCACUGAUGAAAUGAAAAAAGGCCAACGCUUCUUAAGAAACUAUCAUUAAUCUCUUAAGAAUCUUCAAUGACUUGGAUGAGUUGAAAUCACGAAUCAUUGUCACAAACUGAAACUCUGACGCGCUCGUAUUUGCAUUUUUCUCAUCGCAGUCUGAAUUUUCAAAAUGCAUAAGUGGUGUUAUUCUGCAUCAUGAGACAAUUUAUGAAAAAACGGCUGAUGGCAUCGACAUGAUCGAACUGUUACGUCAAAGGAAUGUCAUGCCCGGUAUUAAGGUCGACAAGGGAUUGGUCCCUCUUUUUGGCGCGAAAAACGAAAAUACUACGGAAGGUCUGGACAAUUUGCAAGAAAGAUGCAUUCAGUAUAAGAGAGACGGCUGCCAUUUUGCUAAAUGGAGAUGCACAUUCAGCAUCACGGAGACCACGCCGUCUCAGUUGGCCAUGGUUACGAAUGCGGAUAUCCUCGCAAGAUACGCCACUAUAUGUCAGAGUGCACGAAUAGUACCCAUAAUAGAACCAGAAAUAUUAAGCCCCGGUGACCAUGGAAUAAAUAAAGCAUUAGAAGUUCAUGAAGAAGUAUUAUCUAUCGUAAUGCGUGCUUUACAACAACAUCGAGUUUACCUCGAAGGUUUGAUAUUGAAAUCUGCGAUGGUUUUGUCAGGAAAGAAAGAAGAACUUAAUUGUACACCGCAGAUCGUGGCUGAACAUACGGUAUUAGCUUUACAAAGAACAGUACCACCAGCGGUGCCAGCUGUCAUAUUUCUAAGUGGUGGUCAAACGGAUGAAGAUUCUGUGAUAAAUUUAAAUGCUAUUGCAAAUUACGAAGGGAAAAAACCUUGGCAAUUGACGUAUUGUUAUGGGCGUGCCUUACAAAACGAAGUAAUGAAGAUUUGGAAAGGAAAUGCUGGAAAAGUACCUGAAGCUCAAGCUCUGCUUUUGAAAAAAGUAAAACUUGCCUCCCAGGCUUCAUUAGGACAAUUAGAAAUGGAAAACAGCGUGUGCACUAAAUAAUCCUCUGGUUAUUAACCAUCUUACAAAUAUUUGAUUAAAAGACACCAAUUACAUAUAUACCUGUAUAAAUGAAUAUUGUAAUCUGUAUAACGAAUGUUAUGUAAUACUUAUUUCCAAUUUUUAAUUAUGCAUUAUGCAACUCAACGAUAUCAAAUACAUACGAUUGUAUAUUGAUUCUCUCGAAUAUCUUCGAUGCAAUCGAUUUCAACGAAUUCAUCAAGAUCAUUACCAAGUCAUGAUGAGAUGACAUCUUACAUUAUUAUCAAUGAAUUUUAUCACGUAAAUGAUAAAGAAUAUUUCAACGAACAUUUUAUCAUAAGGAUACGUCAACCUUUAUAGUGAAAUGAUGGUAUGAGUAAAUUCGGCGAAUGUCAUACAAGGUGCCCUUGAUUGACCUCUAAAACAGGGAUUCUCAAUUGGAGGCUUCUGCGAUAAUACGUGAGAGUUGGAUCGUACGUUACUCGAAAAUUUACCUCACUAGUGGUCGAUACAGCGUCAUUUCCAUGGAUCCCCACCAACCACGUUCUCUUAUUCUUCUAGGCAUUAUAGACCGAAUCAUCAACACAUGUGCUCGACACUGUCGUAACUAUAGAGCAUUUAUUCAAUGCGACUUAAUAAACUUAUAUUCGAUUCAUUAUUUUGAUUAAAAAAUAUAAUGUAAUAUAAAAAAUAAAUAUAAAUAUAUUAUACAAGAAUACAUAAUAUUUUAAUUUAUUUAUUGAAUGGAUAUCAUGCGCACAUAUGCUUUAAUUGAUAUAUAAAAUUAAUAUAAAUAUAAUAUUUAAUAUUUUAUAUAUAAUUUACUUUUGUAAUGUGUAUUAAUUUGUUAUUAUUAGAAGAUGUUACAAAAUAUAAUGAAAGUAUUUCAUUAUUUCAAAUUGAAACGUAUUAUCGUUAGUUUGUAGAAAUAAUUUAAUUUUAGACAUCUAUUGUAUAAGUAUUUGUCUAAUUUUAAAUUUAAUACGUAUUUGUACAACCUAUAGUAAUAAUAUUCAAACAUUUGUCAAAAGAAAUAAAUGAAAUUUUCUGACAUGUAAAAUUACGUCAAAUAUAAUUGUUCCUGUAUAUAAUACGAAAAAUAACAUUUAUAAAAGAAAUAUUUUUAUCAAUGAAUUAUCCGUGAAGUUUAAUUCUAUAUUUACGUUAUUUAUGUCGUUUAUAAAAAUGAUCAUUCAAAUAAAAGUUGAGAAUCGUUGCAAUUAUAUGAGAGUGCGCUUGCGCCACUUAUUCUGUAUCAGACUUUGAAACCAAUGAAUAGCCUAGUCUUACCUCAGUCACUUUCCAACCAGCAAAUCGUACGAUUUACGUAUACGCGUUUCGAGCUAGAAAUCAUCUCAUCGAUAUAAGGUAAGUUAUGUUUAUAUGUGUUUUUGAAUAAAUAAUUCAAGUUGAAAAUUGAAGUGAAAAGUGCUACGCAUUUAUACUGAAUUUCAUUUAUUGUUUCAUGCCGGGAAAUUGAUAUGAAAAUUGAUGUUUGACCUACAAUGGGAUUCGACCUUGACUGACAUUUGGUCGACACCCAGUGUAUCUUAAAAUAAUAUCAUUUUACAUAAUUACAAUAUUUUAUAUUUUUUAUUCAAAUUUUUAAAAAGUUGCUAUCUUAAAUUUAUAAACAUUCAUAUAUACAUAUUAAGCUAUAUAUAUAUAUAUAUAUAUAUAUAUAUAUAUAUUUUUACAUUUGAUAUUUGUAUAUAUAUAUAUAUAUAUAUAUAUAUAUAUUUAUACAUAUUGUUUUAUAAAUUCUAAUUAGAUUUAUAACUUAAGUUAUUAUUAUAUUAAGUAAUGUUAUUUAAUGAUAUUUAAAUAAAAACUAUAUAUUUCUAAUUAUAUUUUUAUUAUUUUCUAUUAAAUUUAAUUAAAUUUUAUUUAUAUAAAAAAAUUUUCUUAAUUUUAAUCUUUAAGUAUAUUAAUCUAAUAUUAUUCAAAACAUGAAUUAUCAGGAAUAAAUAAAUGAAUAUAGGAAAAAGCUAUUUUCAUUUAAUUAUAAUUUUCACGUGAUUCUUAAGUAUAAUAAGUCUCGUAAAAAAUACUUUAAGAUGCACAUAUUUUGUGUUCAAUAUCGAUAAAAAUAUAUUUUAAAAUUUAAUAAUAUUAAAUUUACAUUUAAAAAUAUUUUACAUGUAAUAGUAUUAUUAAUGAAUAAUUAAAAUUUAAAAAUUCAAUUAUUGGAGUAAGUUUUUUCAUGUUAAAUUAUCAAUAUAACCUCUAAACCGAUAAUAUAUAUCUAUCAUAAGAAUAGAAAUAUUUAUUUCUUUUUAAUUAUUGUUAUCUUGUUAUAUAAUAUAAUAAAUAGAAAAAAUAUUGGAAUUUAAAAAUUCUUUUAUUUAUAUUCUUCAUUAUAAUUAUAUUCAUAUAUAAUUUACAUAUUGUAUAUGUAUGUGAUUUUUCAUAGUUUUAAGUUAGUAUAUUUAUUUGUUGUAAAUCUUACAUUCAAAUUACAUCUAACUUUGUAUGAUAGUUUUUCGAUCUAUUUCUGUUAUUUCCAAUGACAAUCUAAUUUGGUCGUUUCAUUGAAUAGAAUUAAUAAUUAUGAUCAAUGAUAUUUAUAGGUUAGAUAGAAUUAGAUUAGUUGUUUACAAGCAUUGUUUAAUUAUGAUGAAAACUUAUGCAAUUCGGCAAUCUAUAUUGUACUGUAUAAUUUCUAGAAAGAUUUUGAUAGAUAAAAUAUUAUAUGUGAAAUAAAAAAUUAGUAAUAGUGACACGUGAGCUGUGACUCGAAAUGCAUCUACUGUGCACGUACACGAAUAUAAUAAUUAUACACGUGUCAGUUUUUUUUUCAUCAUACAACGUUUCAUCAUACAUUCUUUCGUCCCAUAAAUACGAAUAAUGCUUUGGCAAAUAACCAGUUUCAUCGUAUAAUUUUAUACACAUGUUUAGCGCCUUUCCAUAUCGAAUUUUCUUUGUAACGUUUAUUCUAAUUCGCACAUUCAAAUCUACUUUGAAUUGUAAGAUGUAUAUAUUCUUUUUCUAUUGUGAAAUAUUCGGUUGAAUUAUUAUAUAAAAAAAAAUGAAUUUAAUUCUAUAUAUUAUAUUUUUACAAAUAUUUUAAGAUUGAUUAUGAUUCACAUUUGAUAUAUUUAAAAAAAUUGAUUAAACAACUUUCACUAUUUACAAUUAAGUUUUCACAUAUAUUUAUGAGAAAUACUUUUGUAGAAAUCGAUAAUAAAUUAUUUGAUAUGCGAUUAUUAAUAUUAUUGUUAUUAAAAUAACCUAUUGAAUUAAAAAAUCAUCUAUUUUAUUGAAUUUAUUAAGUAUAUAUAUAUAUAUAUAAAACUUCACACAUAAUUGCACACUUGUAUACAAAUGUAAUAUUAAAUAAAUCAUUCAGACAUACAUAAUAAUCACUGUAUUAAUAAUUUGUAACUUUAUUAUAAAUUGAAAUACAUAUAACAAAAUAUAUUAAAUGUAAUAUUAACUUUAAUAAUUGUUAUUUUAUCCUAGUAACACACAACGAAUUAUUUCAACAUUAUUUUUUUUAAAUUUUUUAUUAUUUUUACUAUAUUGUUUUAUUUUUUAUCAUUUUUAUUUUUUAAUUAUUAAUAUUUUUAUAGAUAUUUUCAUUAUUUAUUUUAAAACUUUUAUAUUUUUUAAAAUAAUAAUCAUAAAAUUUUAAUCUUAUAAUACAUGUCAUAUAAACAACUCAUUUAUAAUUAAAUAUUAGUAUAAAAGAAGUAUGAAAAAAUAGAAAAAUAAUAAAGAAAUCCCCUCAAUCAAAUAUAUCCAGUUAAUCGUGAUAUAAUAACUUUUUAUUACAUUUUAUUACAAUAUUUUAAAAAAUUUUUUUAUUAAAAGAAUUAUAGAUCGCGAAAUAUUAAUUUUAAUUAAUUUUAAACAAAUAUAUUAAAAUAAUUAGAAAUUGUUUCAUUAAAAUUUUAAUCAAUCGCAAAUAUGUGAUCUUAAUCUUAAUCUUUUAAACUUAAUAUCUCAAAAAUACGUGAAAAGUACGUGAUUCGAAGAUACCCGAAUAUUACACAUCACGUGUUAAUAUUUUCGACUAACGACGCAUUACAGCGGCGUCACACACUCUGACGUCAUGUUUCAAUUAAUUUUAAACACAGAUCGAAUAGUUGAUUUUAUGAUAGUUUCUGUUUUCUCUCUCUUUCGACUCACUAAUUGUCACUUUGUAAUUUUAAAGACUCGAAAAGUACAGUAAGAACACACUUUACAGACUGCAUUGCGCAGUGGUAGCCUGCAGAUUCACGCCGACAAUCACCGCCAGGUGCGCUUCGUUGUGACGUUUACCUCUUUUGAAUACUACAAGUUAGACGAGAAUGGACAUGUCGCGCAGGCGUGCUUGUUUAUCCGUUACCGAUUAACCACAGCAAAAUUUUGCGACGUUAUUGACCGCCCGCCGACAAGUUAGGCUUGUUGCGCAGAUGACUUUUUAGUGGCCGGGAUUAGAAAAUCCACGUUAAAUGCAUAAAUUUUUCGUAAAACCGCGAAAAAACUUCGAAUUUUCAUUACAAUUUAAUGUAAAAAAUUCUUUAAUAUCAUUUGUUUUUCUCUUCAGAAGAUAUAUAAGCUUGAUGAUUUAAAUUCUAUUUUUAGAAUAGAAAAUAUGAAAAUUUUUUACAAGUUAUUAUAGAUAAUACCAUAAAUAAUAUUAUAGAUAAUAUAAUAAAUAAUAUUAUAGACAUUUUAUAUCAUCAUUCAUUCUCUAUCAUUCAUUUAUAUGCACAUAAUUAUAUAGUUCAUAAUUAUAUAGCAAGUGCUGGAAAUAUUAGAGAUGAAAUUUUUUUUCUUAUAUUUGAUAUUUUAAAUGAUUAUAAAAUUAAAUGAAUAAAAAUGAUUAAAAAUUCAAGCAUCUUGCGCUAAUAUAUCUUGACAAUUAUUCUCACGUAUUAAUCUCAUAUAUUAAUCAUAUUAAUUAAUCUUUAGAAAAAUAAUUUCUAAGCAAGCGCAUAUUUCUACUCGAAUAAUGAAUAUCUUUAUAUCGAUAAGGAUAAUAAUUAGAUAUUUUAUUUCUAGCUAACCAUGCAGUCAAUCGAACAAAAUUAAUUUAAUCAACUUAUCGAUCUCAAGAAAUAUAUAUUUUAGAUAAAAAAAACGCGUCCUUAAUUAUUGGAUUCAAAUUUACACUGCACAUCAUUAAUCUCCAAAGCGAUUAAAGGGUUAUAUAUUUCUGGUCUGAUGAAGUUUCUGAGUGAUUAUAUAUUGAUGGUUAGUCUACGAGAUAACCAAGAUAGCUUAGAGACAAGAUAGCGGAGAUACGGGUCAAUGAAUCGCAAUUGAUAACAUAAUAACAAUACAUGAGGGGCACUUUUUAUCGAGAAACGAGAUUGUAUGUUCUUAAUAAUCCCACUAUUUUUCUUUCAUAAAGUUUUAUCAUGCUGUGCCUUGAUAACGUAGAAUUGUUAUCAAAAAUUAUAUUAUCAUUGAAUCGAUUAUUGAUCACGUGAAAAAAUAUUUAAAAUAUUGAUGCGCAAUUUUUUUUAAGUUUGUCAGAAAUCAUGGAAGAAUUUUAAUAUCGCAUUUUGAGUUAAGUUAAGUUAGAUUAUAUAAUAUAACUACAGCAUUGUAUUUAUUUCAGAAUUAAAUUUGAUGCGUAGAAUUUAUGUUGGAUAUUAUUGUGUUCAGAGAAAAAUAAAUUUUACGUAAAUUAUUUUGAUUCUUUUUUAUUCUCUACGAUAUUUAUAAUUAAAAUUUUUUCAUUUCAAUUUGAAAAAUAUUAUAUAAAAUAUUCUAAUUAUUAAAAAUAAUUGUAAUUAUUAUAAAUUUAAUUGUAUUAAAAAUUUUUCUGAUUUUUUAUUUCGAUGAAAAUUUUUAAUGAACUAAUAUUAUAUCGAAAUAAUUUCAUUAAGAACAUUAUAACCUAUAAAGUACCAAAAAUACAUUUUAGAUGUAUUUGAGCUGUAACUUCUUAAUUUGAUACUAUGGAAAUUUCGAGUCACAUUAAUAGCUUAAACUUUUGUGUACUUAUGCCAAGUGUGAAGAAACGAAAUACAUUUUAAGCAAGAAUUGCGCUGCUAUCACGUGCCUUCGAAAUGUUAUAGUUAUUCAAGUCAUUUCAUUAUCUAUUCAUAACUCGCACUAAACGAUAUGAUGGUAACAAUAUUAAAUGGCGAUAGUUAUUUUAAGUCGCGCGCGAAAAAUAAAUCAAUCUAACAAACAUAAAGAAGUGAAAUGAAGAGAAAAAUUGAAAUAUAGGGAAAAAUAUAGGGAAAAACAUUCAAAUUGUAAAUAUUUAAACAUAUAAAGUUAAAGGGAAAAAAAAAUUUAUAAAUAUUGAUUUUCAAUAUAUGCAUUUUAAAAUUUGAUCUGAAAUGGAAAUUCCAUGAAUUUUAUUAAAUGUAAUUAUUAAUUAUUAUUAUUACAUGGAGUUUAGUAACAUUUUUGUCACGAGAAAUUUGCUUUCAUAUUACAUUCAAAUUAUUAUUAUCAUAAUUAUUUUUCGAAAGAAUAUAAAUAAAUUGAUUUUAUAUUUAGAUUCAACUAUUGCGCGAUAUGUGCCAAUAUUUAGUCUUUGUUUAUUUGUAUAUCUAUUCAAUUUAUAACUAGAAAUGAUAUCAAAUAUAUAGGUUAGAAUCUGAUUGGAAACUUUCGAAGAUAUUUCAAAAUUAAAAAAUAGAUUUUUUUAUUGAUUUUAACUCAACAAUAUAUAUAUUGAAAAAUUUAAAUGAUACUUUAAAUAUAAUAAUUUUGAAUAUUUUACGAUCAAUUAAUUUUUAUUAUCAAAAUCAUAUAUAGGUAUGUAUAAUACUUUUUUCUUUAAAAAAAAACUUAAAAUAUACUUUUCAAAUUUAUUUCUAAAUCUAGUAGAAUUAUCGUUAUUUGACACAUUUGUUAUUGAUUGAUUAUUUGAAAUUUGCAAUUUUUAUUAGCGAAAAUUAACUGAAAUCGUAAAAUAAAUAAUAUUUAGAAUUUUGAUAAAAAACUUCUAAUUGUAGAUAAAAUAAGUAAAGAUAUAAAUAAAAUAACUUCUUUAUUAAAUAUUCUAAUAAGCUUUUUAUUCUGUGCGAAUAUAUAAAGAUUAUAUGAAAUAUAAGUAUAAAAAUAAAUAUUAAUAAAAAUGUCAUUUCAUAUUGGAAAGAAUUUUUGUAUUAUAUUUAUUAUUAAAAAUUGUUCAUUAUUAGUAAAAUGUUGUCAAUAAGUGAAAAAAAUAUUAAAAUACAAAAUAAUUAUUUUAAUAAAAAUAAAUCUAUUGUGUAUUAAAUUUUAUCAAUGAGCUAAUUACGAUAGAAAAUUUCUAACCUUUAAAUUGAUAGAUUUAAUUCAGAUAUCUGAUUUUGUAGAGUCUUUUGUAGAGUAUUAUUGAAAUUAAUUUUAUUUCUAUGUAAAUCUAUGAGGCUUACACAAAAAUGAAUAAUAAAAGAUGUAUGUCGAACAAAAGGAGGUUAUAAGAAAAGUUCUGAGCUGUGACUUAAUUUGAUAAAUUUCAACAAUGUACGAUGUACGAUGUACGAUAUACAUAUAUAUAUAUAUAAUACCUGUUAGAUUGUUAGAAAUUCGUUUCUAGUUCCAAUAAAAUUUUCAGGCUUUCUUUAACUCUGUUAAAGCAGCGGCUUUUUUAUCAUUUAUACAACCAAAAAACUUUAUCUACACGUCUCGUCGCCGUAUUUUUCCUGAAGCGUGACUUUCAUUUUCAUGCAUUCUUUAGAAGCUUUUUCCAUUGCGUGUAAGUAAAUUGUAAAUGUUUUCUAAAAUAAGGAGCGAUUUCUAUUACGUCGACUAUUCAGAAACCGCUUUGAAAAAAAUGAGAAGAGAAAAAAAAGUGUUCAAAAAUUAAAAGUAUUUCAUUGUGAUGAUUAUUCGUUUUCAAUGAAAAAAAUAUUUUAAUUUAAUUUGCAGUAAUUUGGCUUUAAAUAUCUUUUUAAAUAUGAUCUUAAUCUAAUUUUUCAAUAAAAUAUUUUAAAAUAUUUAGAAUGUUAUUAAAAUGAUUUUUUUAAAUAUAUCAAAUAUUCAUAAUAUUAUAUUUGGAAAACUAUUUGAAAAACACAGAAGUUACAAUAAUUUUAAAAAUUGUUUUUAUUUUAUUUUAAAUUAUUUAUUUUUUUUUAUUUUAAACUAUUGGAAUAUCACUGUAGAAUAAAUUUUAAUUUUUUAAAGUUAACUUUUUUCUUUAGUAACUUUUUUCAUUAACAUAAUUUUAUAUAAAAUAUUUAAUGUGAUUGGACAUUUUUAUAACUAAUUGUAUUCAGUCAUUAAUAUUUAAACAAAUACAAUGUACAUAAAACAAUGGUUUUUUAUUUUUUUUUAGAAUAUUCUUCUUAGGAUUUUGUAAACUUAUCUCAAUCUUUUUUUUAUUUUUCAAAUAAACUUCAAAAAGUUUCAAUGAAUUCCAAACUUUCCAAAUUAAUGAAAUAUUUAUUCGAUUUCAUUAUGUCUUUUAAAGUUAAAAAAAUAUUCUUUAUGAUAAAAUAUCUUUAAUGUGAAAUAUUAUAAAAAGGUAAAGUAAAAGAUUAUAGAAAAAUUAAUGAAUUAUUUGAUAUAUUAGUAUAUAAUUCUAAUAAAAAUAAAUGUUAAAUAUUUUUUUGAAAUUCUCUUUCAUAAUUGAAAUAAAAUAUUAAAAAAUAUUAUUAAUAUAAAUUAUAAAUUAUAGUUUUAUAUAUAUAUAUAUAUAAUUAUAUAUUAUAUAUUAUAUAUUUGGAAAAAAAUUACAAAGGUAUAAUUGAUUGCUGUAUUGAUGUUAAUUCAUACUAGAUUAAUGCUUUUAUCUUGAGAAUUGAAAAUCAAAAUAAAUAUCAUUUUUUAUAAUAUUAAUUCAUAUUAUAAAAGAAAAAGGAAAUUUUCCUCUAAUGAUAAGAAUUAUAUGAUAUCAUAGAUUUUUUUUAGACAUUUAUUCAAUAUUUAUUAUAAUAUAUUGAGAAUUAUUUGUACAAAUCAUAAUAUCUCUUUCAAGGAAAUCUGAUAUAUUAUUCAAUCUAAUAUGAAACCAAAAAGAAACUUCAUACGUAUAUGCAAUACGUAUAUGAUGAUAUUUAAAAAUCACGUUCAAAAAAGGAUUAUCAUUAAUUAACCGAUAUUAUAUAUAACAUGAUCAAGUUUGUUUCCUCGGAACUCGUUAACUAAACAAUCGUAACAUCAUCCAUGUAACUUUCCAACCAUGCAACUUCCAUUAGAGUUACCACUGCUUCAUUUGGCUAAUGAGUUGUCUAAAUGAUUCAUCCACCCACGCAUACGUGAAAAUAGAUUAUUUAUAGAAUCCAUUGAUCUAUCCACAGUAAAUUUUGUUAAAUCUCGAUUUUCCACCAAAGUUAAUCUCGAACAGAGCGUGUUCAGCCUCGACAAAUUAGCGAAAACUCGAUCGUGACUAGGGCAAAAUUGCGAUAAUCAAUCCUUGCAUCGAUCGCGGAAUAUUCGUUUUCCCUCGGUUUUACGUAAUCGCUUCAGCGAUCGGAGAUUGCUCGAAAUUGUAAAUGGCGGGGGUCGUGACGAAGCGAACCGCGCCUCGAUUAUUCAACGGGAGAGUUCCUAGGAACGGAUUAUCCCUUUUUAGAACUUCCUAUCGUACCGUACAUCUUCGUACCGUAAGAUGAUAUAUCUUGGAAGAAUCUCGUAGAAAAUUUAUCUUGGAGAUGGAUUGAAAUUGAAAAUUUAUCUAUCGGGUGGAUUAAAAUUUCAUUCGUUCGAGAUUAAUCAAAUUUGAAAAGUCAUUCAUUGAUUGAAAGACUAUUAUAAUACUUUAUAUGUCUACUAAAAUUAUUAUCUUGUAAUAAUCGAAAUAUUUUAUAUCUAUGAAAUAGACAAAAAUUUUUCCAAUAUUAAUUUUAUGAUAAUUGAAGAAUUAUUAUUCAAGGAUUAUUAAUAUAAUUUGACAAUUUUACUGUUUUGGAACAUAAAAUUUUAAUAGAAGAGGGAUUAUAUUAAAUUUUUUCUUUUUAACUUAGUAUAAUAUAUUUACCGCAAUAGUGAAUCUAUAAUAUCCAAAUAUAUAAAAGAAUUUUGACUCUACUCUACUGUGGAUUAUUCAUGGAGAUAUAAAGCACAGUCAAAUAUGCAUUACAAGAAUCUGAUAUAUUUUUCAAUAGAGUUACUAGAAUCAAACAAUCUCUAUUUUAAAUAUUUGGGAUAUAAUAAUUUGAAAAUCGUACAUACUAAUUAAAAUAGAAAAAAAAUAUAAGUUCUGAGUGUCUUGAGUGUUAGUUACUCAGAAUUUCAAUUUCGGAAGUUGGCAAAUUUGCAAAUGAAGAUCUGCAAGAGUGACUAUCUCACACAAGUAUACAACAAUCCCACGCUCGUUAGCUGUACCGUACGCUUUGAAGGCGAAAGGAACGUCUACCCCAAACGGCGCAUACAGGUUCCUUGCGUCCACCGAUACCGAUGUCUCAGGUCACGGAUUCAGGGUGCGCAGGGGGAUAAUACAGGCGUGUAGCCUCGAGAACGUCUGCGCGUGCUGCAUUGCGGCUAGCCCACUCCCUCGUUCCAUGCUGCUAUGGGCGGCAGGCUGUCGAGCGGAUAAGGAAAGAGGCGGCUGAACAGUGGUUAGAAGUGGGAUAGCGAUAUAUCCACGAAAUUGGAAAGGGUGGGGUUAUAGUGAAAAAGCGAGACAGCUAUGUGCGCACAUAGAAAGAGAAAAACAACUAUAGUCAAUGAAAAGAAGGAGGAUAGUUCGUGGAUAAGACAGCGAUGCCCAUAGAAGUGAACUUUGUUGCAGAUAGGACAAAGAAGAUAAUAUGUACGGAGAAAGAAAAAAAGAGAAAGACAAUUAUACUUGAUGGAAAAAAGAAGCGCAGUUGACUAGUAUGUAGGGGAGGGACAAUGUUAAUAGAGGGAGCUUUGAUCGAAGAUGGGACAAAGAGGAUGAAUAUAGGAAUAUAGGCAAACGUAAGAGAUAGGGUUAUGUACAUAUGCGUAGAAGGAAGAUAGUGCGGAAUUUGAAAUUAGAGGAUGACGGAGGUCGGGAAGCAAAGAUAGAGAAAGAGGGAGAGUGUAGCAACUACCCCCCUGUUUUGCAGUUACGACACUGCACUGCAGCCAGGUACCCCUGCCGCCUCUUGGACGGGGCGAACUAGCCGGAUAAAGCCAGUCGUCGUCUCGUGCUCGCACGAGACACGCGCUCCAACCACUGUUCGCUCUUCGACGUAAAGAUGUAGUCGAAUAGGCAAAUUGGGUCCUCUCGGCUGGGCCCGACGGGACGUCCAACAUCGUUUCGACAGCCGAGAACGCGUUGUGUCGCCAACGAUUCGUUUACUUUUUUCGUCUUCUCCGGUCACUUUUACUCUCUUAAAUAUUUAUAAUCUCGUAUCGGUAUUGUCGGUGAUAUUAAGGGUGUAACAAUUAUUAUAUUCAAAACGUUGAAAAGAUUGAAGAAAAAGAGGAACAAAAAAUCGAUUUUUUGAAAAUUGAACAAUAUAUAUUUAGAGGACUGAAUAAUACCAAAGAGAACAUAUUUAUUGCCGUUAUUAUUAUUAUUAUCAUUAUUAUUAUUAUUGGGAUUAUAUUAUAUUUAUUGCUCUUAUAUAUACGUGUGACUGUAAUACGAAUCCGCGAAAUCCGAAAAUUUAUUUGCGAUCUGGAUUGAACCAGGACAAGAAUUAUAUGUUUAGGACAGGUAAGUGAUUAUGGGAGAUUUAGAUUGUGGAAUUCAUGAGAUCACGAUUUUCGAAUAUUUAAUUGUUAUGCAAUUAUAUAAAAUAUAUAAAUUAUAUAGUUUAUAAUUUAUUAAAUUGAUAAUUUUUUAAAUUUUGUAAAUUGGUAUUAUUUUUCUUGAAAAGAAUUAGUUUAUAAAGUGAAAAAAAUUAUUUUAUAUUAUGAAACAUUCUGUAAAUACGUAUGUACACACUAUUAACUUCACACUAUUUCAUUCCUCAUAAUGAUUAAUGAAAACUGAUGUCUUCAUUUUUAAAUAAAAAGCUUUUUAUUACCUUUAGAUAGAGAUAUGAUUAAUAUGAUUAUAUUCUACAUGCAAUGUUCUCAUGAUAAUCAUCAAUUUUUUAGAUUAUCAGACUUAUUUAAUUCAGAAUUUAUCAGCUGAGUGGAUUUAAUAAGCAACAUCUUUUUAAAAUUUUUCUUUUAUCAAGUGCAAAAAUAUAUAAUCAAUGAUAAAAAUUUUUAUACAUCAUACAUUUACUACAUACAUUAAUUUAAAUAAUAAGCUAUGUCAUUAAAAUUAAUAAAUAUUGUUUUUAACGAAUCUUUAUGAAUAUAAAUAUAUGAAUAUACAUAGAUUAUAAUAGGUUAUAUUAUGCAUAUUUCAUUAUAUUCUAUAUAUAUGUAAGUUUUCAUUCAAAUUAGAAUUUUUUAUUUAAGUGAAUUCCUUUUUAAGAUAAUGUAUAAAAAAUUUUAUGCGUGAUUAUAGUUUUAUUCGUAGAUUUUAAAAAUAUAUUUUUUGUCUUUAUUUAUUAAAAUUCUUAAUAUAAGUUUUGCUUUGCAAAUUAGCCAAUUUCGAUUCUAAUCUGAUCUGAGAAUUAUUAUUGUAAAUAAAUACAUAGAUAUGCUUUGUUAUUUCUCAAUUAUAUUAUAACAACAAAUAACGACUUUUUAUUAUUUUGUUAAUCUUUAUUAUUAUAUACCUAAUCCAUACAAUUUAUAUUAAACGUUAUAAUUUAUAAAAAUUAAUAACAUAAAAAAAUAUAUAGUAAUCUAAAACUAUAACAAGAUACUAUUCUUUUUAUUCUAAAAACUAUAAUUCUAUUUUUAAUUAAAAUAUUCCCUUUAGUAUUUCGAAAUAUACAUGAAAAUUGAAGUUUAUAUUAUUUUGUAACAUUUAUAAGAAAAAAUAAAAGAUAUUGAUCUAUAAAAAAUAUAUAAUAGUUUUUAAUCCAUUUUAAAAAUUAGAAGAUUUACAAAACUCAAAAUAUUUCAAUAUAAUCUUAAAAAAUGAGAAAGUGUUAGAUAUUUUAAUAGAGAAACUAAUAUAUUAUUGAAUAUUUAUAUUUUAAUUCGAUAAAAAUCUAUAUUCUAUUCGUCACAGUGAAAUCAUAUGCUAUUUGAAAUCAUUUCUAUUGAAAACACUAUUAAUUUCGUAUCAGUUUAGCAAAAUUGUUAUUGUUAUUGUGAUUAUUAAUGAUAUGAUAGAAAUUGUUAGAAAUCAGCAUUAUAUAAAGUAUAUGAUUUCAAGAAAAUCAUAUUGCUGCUUUAUACAUAGGAUAAAUUGAUUUUAUUCAAGACCAAGAUGGUAGGGAGAAGUAAAGGUAGCAACAAAGAACUCAAUGUUGGCUGUUGUGUACCGUUUUAUCGAUUUUAAUUUUCUUUCUUGUGCGAUCCGUCUCUCGUUUUUCUUUCUCUUUUUUUUCAUUUUUUCUCUUUUCACUGUCUUUUUCUUUUUUUUCUUUCUUUAAAUAUGAUGUUCUAUAGUGCGGAUUUUUAGAAAACCUGUUAAAUUAAUUGAAUCUUGAUCUCUUUAUUGGAAAAAAAAGGGAAUCAAGAUUUAGAUAAGAUAAUUUUUUGUAAAUCAUUUUUAGAAUUCUCGUUUAAAAUUUUCAGUUCAGUACAUCGUUUUUAUUAGAUUCUGAGUUUAUUUAUUUUAAUAAUACAAUUUCUAUUUAACUUUUUUUCCAUUUAGCAUUAUUGAAAUUAUGCAUUAUUCAUUUAAAAUUUCUGAAUUUUUAAUUUUUAAAUUUAUAAUUUUAUAAUUAUCAUUUGAAAUUUCAUUAAUUUUUAAGUUAUAUUAUAUACUAAUAAUUAAUUUAAAAAUAAUUAAUUAAUAAAAAAGAAAAAUAAUAACUUUAAAAAAAAUUUUAAAAAGAUAUUUCCUAUUUAUGUAUAUAUCUUUUUUGAGAGAUUUAAAAAAAGAUAGUAUUGUAACUCAGUAUAAUGUAAAAAGAAGAAAAAAAUCGAUUUACGAUAUCGAUAAUCUGUUAAUUGAGAUUGUAAUAUUGUUAUGUUAAUUUGUGUACGCGCGCGCGACGCUUGUUUACGACGUCUAUUGAAUGGAGACUCAUUGUAGUCGUUUUAUCGAUCUUUAACUCACGUCUGCAUCAUUUAGUUUAUAUCUUUACGUGGGAUGGUAAGGAUAUUCUGAAAGAAAAAAAGUUCUGUUUUAGAAUUGGAGCAAAAAGACAUUAUUUUGCACAGUUAUAAAAAAUAAUAUAAUGAUAGUAUACACAAGACUAAGUUUAAUUUUUUGUAUCCAUUAUUUAGUUCAAAGAAUAAUUGUUUUUGUUUUUUGUUAUUAAAUGAAAGUAGAGUAUAUAUUUUUAAUUUUCAUCCUUAUAAAAAAAGUAAUUAAAUUUAAACAAAAAAUCAAACUUAUUAAUUUAAGAUUUUAUAAAUUUAUUAAAUAAUAUUUCUAAAAAAUAUUUUUUUUUAAUAUCAAUAAAAAUAUAUAAAUAAAUUCAAACAUAUCAAUAAAAAUAUUUUAAUAAUUAUUAAUGAUAAUAAAAUUCGUGAAUUUUCUAGAAUUCAUUAUCAAUAUAAUAUUUUUUGCAAUAUAUUAAUUCCCUAAAGUCAAGAAUAAUCAAAUCAAUUUAUAAUAAUAAUUCUAUGUAAGAUACACGUCUAAAGAUUCACGACUUAUCUUAUUGUAUAACAUUUAAUCCUUUUAUUCUAUAUUUUAUCUCGUAUCAUACUGUGACGUUUUAAUUUCGAUAUAUUAUUUUUAUCUUAAUUUAAGAAAGCUAAUUAAAUAUUUGAUUUAUUUUUUUCCAACUAUUUCUAUAAAUAUUUCUAUAAAUAUUUUCUAAAAAAUUCAAAUUCCAUCAUCAUACCCAAUCUAGAAAUUUUUAUUAUUUUUAGACUUACUAUUCAAUAAUCGUUAAGAACUUCCAAAUCCAAAAAGUCAGGAACAUGAUAUUUUGACUUAUAAAAAUUUCCUUCAAUUUUAAUGUUAUUUUUAUUUUAUCAACAAGCAUUCAAUAGAGCGCAGUUUUAUUCCUUUUAUCGCAAUUUUCACAGUUGCAACAAUUAAUGCAAGAACUUCAAUAUGGAUCUACAAACAUUCGUUGAUUAAAUAUAUAAAAUAUUCACAUUUUUUUUAUUGCAUUUGUAUGAUUUUUUUCAACUUAAAGAUUACAAAAAGAAGUACAAAAGACAGUUUCACUACGAUAAGAUGUAUAUCAAAUUAAUUCUUUUAUUUCAAUCUUGAUUAAUAUGUCGUACCAUAAACUAAUAAAUUUAAAAUCAAAAAACUACUUUUAGCGAAUCCCAUUUAUGGACGACCACCUAUCCAUUCUUCGUGACAAUUUUUGCGAACUUCUCCAUUCGCCUGUCCUCGCAAAUUUAUUCCUUAGACACUAUCUUUUCUAGAUAGAGAUUAAUGUUCAACAUAUUGCGUUACGUCUUAGUGAAAUAAAUGGUUCACUAUUUCGUCGCUAGAGUAUUUUGUUAGUGAACUAAUAUUAAGUUAUUGGUUGCUUUUAGUUUUGUUGUUCAAGAAUAUUAAUCAUUUUUAGAGUGUUUUUAUAAUAUUUUAUAUUAAGAUAGAUAAUUUAAAAUGGACAAUUUACUUUAUUGGAGAUUUAGGUACGACGAUUAUAUAGUAAUAUUAUAUUAUAAUAUAUUUAAUAUAUUUACUAAUUAAAUAAUAGUAUGCAGAGAUUUUAAAUUUAGCUUGAUUAUUUAUAUUAUAUAAAAUAUUGUAAAAAAUUCAUAAAUAGUUUUUCUAAUAUUUAUUUUGAAUUAUAUAUUUAUGUAAUUAAUUUUAUUACAUAACCUAUUAAUAUUUUAAUGAACGAUUGAAAAGUGUUUUUUACUUCUUUGUGUCAUUGCAAGAAUGAUACAUUGAAUAAAAUAAUUAUAUUGAAAACAUAAAAAUAAAUGUAUUCUUAGAUUAUUUUAUAUAAUUUAUAAUAUACUAAAAAGUAAAAAAUAAUUAUUAAAUAAAAAUAAUUAUGAAAUAUAUUAUAACAAUUUAUUUUUAAAUUUAUUUCAAUUUAAAAAUAAUUAUUUAUCUUAUGUUUUUUAUUAUAUUUAAUCAUGAAGUUAACCUCAGAUAAAAAUUAUCGAUUUAUAGAUUUAUGAAAAUCUGUAAUUGAAUUGAAUAUUUUCAAAUUAGUCACUAUAGAGAAAGAAAAUAGUUGUUGAAAUAGCUAUUACUUUUUUUUAAAAAUAUUCUAAUAUAAAUCUGUGAAAUAUAUAAAUCUGUGUAAAUAAUAAUGUUUCACAUGAUUUUAGAUUGAAAGUGUAAUUAAAAUAUAAUAGCAGAUAGUGUUAUAAAUAGUUGCAAAGAUUUACAAAUCAACCUCAUUUCGAAAAAUAGAAAAAAUGAUUUCUUUAAAAAUGAUUAUCUAUAAAGCAAACAUUUUACGAUGGAAUAUUAUUUUAAUACGAGCUAUGGUACGGAUUAAAUUUGAUCUAAUUAUAACGAAAGCAAUUAUCGAGACGAUGAUUUUAGAAUUUAUAAUAUUUAUUUUUAUCAUUGAUUUAAAAGGAUGUUAUUUAGAGAUUUAUAUUAUAAGUGUAUUUAUUACACCACCAAAUAUAUAUAUAUAAAUUGUUAAUGAAUUUAUACUAAAAAGAAUAUUUGAAAAAAGAAAAGAAUAUUUAAAGAUCUUAUUAUUGUUUUUGACAUAAGAUUAACCAGAGAGAAUUAAUGAGAAAUAAUUGAAAAUUAAUUUAUUAUAAAGAUUUAACCUAUAAUUAUGAACUUAAUCGUUCAAAUCCAAUAUGAUUAAUCAAAAUGUAUUAUGAAAUUCCUUAAUAUAAUAUUAAAUGACAUACGAUGAUUUUUCUCUCAAUUAGUUACGAAUAUAUCGGUCUAUUCAAUUCAAAGUGAUAGAACGAAUGAAAGCGUAGAAAUAGGUCAGACUAACGUUUUCUUUUUAUGAAAUAUUGACAUUAAUGGGCCAUUGUGAAAUUCAAUUACGCCACAGAAACCUUAGUGGACAUUUGAUAUUUCAUGUGCACAAUAUCUGCGCAUCGAAAGACUUAUUUUAAAAGACGAAAGCAUUCUAGGAAAAGUUUUUGCACUUAAAAUUCUACCUCUUUUUUUACCGAAUUUAAUAAAUAAUAUGCUUUUAUGAAAAGAUUAUAAUUGAAAGAUAUAUAGUUUUUUUUAUUAUUUUUUUAUCAUAUUUUUUAUUAUAUUAUUUAGCUAUAAAACCUAUAUAUAUAUACUGUAUACAAUUUAUUAAUCCUCUUUUAAUUUUUUUCAAAAAUAAUAAGUUUUAACAUUUUUCUUUAAAGAGAAUUCCUAUCUGUUGAAUUCCUAUUAGUCAUGUUAUUACAAUUUACUAUUAAUUAUGUUCUAAAUAGAACAAAGUUUUUCUCUUUUUUUCUUUACAUUUCAUUAUUCUGAUUUAUUAAUUAAAAUUUUUAUCAUUUGAUCUUCUUUAUAAAGAAAAAUUAUUUAAUUCCUUUUUUCGAAAGACUGAUAUUUCUUGAAUGAAUUUUUUUCGAAAAUUUCUUUUUUUAAUAUGGAACAUAUUUUGUAGACAAUGGCUGCAGAAAAGUAUGAUAAACUCACACCUGAGUUGAAACAAGAAUUGAAGAGCAUCGCCCAGCAAAUUGUUGCGCCCGGAAAA